AUAUCGAGAAUCAAGAAGCGAGAAGUUAAUGUGAAUUCGCGAUUGAGUCUACGUUGUGUUCUGUGAUCGACUCGAACGGUGUAUUGCAUCAGAUAUUUUACAAAUAUGAACAUAGCGGAACUCGAAAACGAAAUUUUUAAGGAAGAUACUAAGGCCUUAUGGGUUUUUGCUUACGGGUCUUUAUGUUGGAGACCCGGAUUUGAUUUUAAUAAAGCAAUUACAGGAUUUAUAAAAGGAUAUGAGAGACGAUUUUGGCAAGGAAAUAUUAUACAUAGAGGAACAGAAGAAAGGCCAGGACGAGUAGCAACAUUAGUUGAAAAUAUGCAGGGCAGAGUCCACGGAAUUGCAUUCGAAAUUAGUGGAGAUGCAGCUAUACCAUACCUCUCACGACGGGAAUGCAAGCUAGGAGGUUAUAUAUCACAUUUCACUACUUUCUAUCCAGCAAAUGGAAAUCCUUUCAACGUUCUGCUAUACGUAGCGACGUCGAAUAAUCCUCAUUGGCUAGGUCACGCAGAGGCGAAAACUAUAGCACGACAAGUAAUAAAUAGUAAAGGGACAUGCGGAAGUAAUGUAGAAUAUGUUAUUAGGUUAGCUAAUUUUAUGAGAGAGCAUUUCUCAGAUGUACCAGAUUUUCAUUUAUUUGAAUUAGAAAAAGAAGUAUUGGAUUUAAUUGAAAAUGAAAGACUGUGUUUAAAAGCUCUAAUGGGUGAUGGAGAAGGAUGUAUUAGUUUUGUCAAAAAGAACGUCGAUCGAACAUCAACUAGGCAGCUACAAGAAGAUGAAGGAAGAUUGGAUAAUUUCCAAUUUUCAACAAGAAUUCAAGGAACGAAAUUGCGUUGCUUGAAUCUUUAACUAAUUAUAUUUGUAUUAAUUCUGUGAUUAUUUAUCUGUAUUGUUAAUUAUUUUUGCAAAUGAAGACACUUGAAAAAUAAUAUUAUAAACAUUAGCUUAAGAUAAAGUCCAAGUCAGAACAAACUUCCAAGUAGAAUUGUUUGAUUUUCUUAAGGUUUAUGAAAAUAACUGACUAAUUUACUAAAUUAAGAAUAGAAAACAACAAAUAGUUUUCGAUAAGUGCAACUGUAGUAAUCCAGUCAAAGUUCAUAGUGUUAGGUUUAAAAUUAGUUUAGUACAUAUUAUUAUUGAACAAAUAAAUACGGACUGAAGCAAAGACGUACCCCUAACAUUGAAAGUGAAUUAAAAAAAAUAUUAUUUUAGCAUCAAAAAGGUUCAAUUGAGAAAAAGAUUUAAGUUUGUUUAAAACAACGAAUCAUUUAAGUAAUGUCCAUAGCAGUUAGUUCUUUAUUUUUGCAUAACUCUGCGAAUCGUUUGUUGUAUAAAGCGGCCAACUACUUGACAAAUUGCAUGCUUCUUCAAAGCUUCUAAGGCAUUGGGUCGGUGUUUACACAGUUCAAUCCCGACGCAACCUCCAACAAAAUUAUUCGCACGGUGUAAAAUCGAUCAAACUCGUGUGCCAUAGAAUGUCAGUAUAUCAAGAAAUCAUGGACCAGGGAACAUUUUUCUCUUUAAAAACAACUAUCGAGUUCCUAGCAGUGCCACUAUCCUACUGUAACAACGCUAGAGAAAUUAUUGGAACACCAACACUAACAAAAUUUUUAUAUAUCUGUACUUAUUACCUAACCUUAAAAAGGGUUAGAAAAGGAAUAUUUUAUAAAAUAAAUCUACAAGAAAUACUUCAUACGAGUAGAACAAGACGACAUAUUACAUUACAAUAAUCGUACAUUGGUACUGAUACUUACAAAAAUAGUCUCGUGGGAUCUCAGAGAUGAGACUGUGAAAAAUUCUCUAAGUGUUGAAGUGAAGAAAACCAAUCCAGCUGGACAGUCAUACCAGAGGAAAAAGGUAGCAGGGGUGGGAAUGUGCGAGUUCAAACACGUUCGAGUAACACUUCAACCUGUUGUCUAGGGAUUCCCCAGAUGACGCUCGAUUACUGGAGUAUUAAUCCACGCUCCAACAAAUCGAAUACACACGUUUUUGAAAUGGUUAUAAGCGUUUUGAUUCGACUCUAAAAAUCGUAGCCGUUAAGAAAAUCAAAUAAGUCUACUCAUUGUUCAAUCGACUCUAUAGUUUAUGUUUUGAUGUAUAUAAUUUACCAAAUAAAGUUAUAAUAGUUCCUAUUUAUAUUAGAUAAUUGUUCAUAGUUAUGACUUUAUAUUUAUUUUUCAUAAACUCAAACCGAAUUUAAAACUUUGAAAUAUUUUUUACGAUUUGGAGACUGCAAUAACUUUGUAUAAGAUUGAAAUUUUCAGUAUUGUCAAAUAGGUUAAUUUAGUUACAUACACACAAGCGUCGGAUUAAGAAGUAGUGGGGCUUAGGGCUAAAAUCGACCCGGGGCCCACUUAAGGAAAUCAAAAUCAGAUCUAACUUUUUUGAAUAAAAUAUAUUAGUUUCAAAUUAAAUGUUUAUACGUAAAUAUAAAUUCAAAUCUUAUUUAAUAAACUGUAUAAAAUUUUUAUUUCAUAAACUCCUUCUCGAUUUAGUUAUGGCAAAAUUUUCAAUUAUCUCAUCAAAAUUCAUAUUCUGUAACAACUCAUUUUCAAUGCACGGCCUUGUUAAUGACGACAAUCGCUCAUCUACAUUGUAGAGCGAUGUACAUUUUUUAUUCUUUUUAAAACGGUAGGCUAUAAUUCGGAAAAGUUUCCAUCAUAUCUGAUGCAAGUUGUAGAUCAUUAGACUAUAUUUCUACUAGAGAUUUUACUCGCACUUCUAGCUCGCCAUUUACAUUUUGAAUGAAUGUAAUAUGUAAUUUAUUAUUAUUUAGAGUAUAAGAUUAUUAAUUAUAUAGAGUAAAAAAUUAGUGUGCGGAUUAAAUUACACUUAUUCAUUGAUUUCAUAAAAAACAGUUUUUCGCAAAAAUGCAAAUUUUGCUGUAGAUCUAAUAUUGCUUCUAAAAUAAAUGAUCAAAUUAGUAUUUUGCGGAGCCCCUACGGGCUCGGGGUCUGGGGCUUCAGCCACCGAUAGACCCUCCCUAAAUCCGACGCUGAUACGCACCCAUACAAAUAUAUUGCAUGAAUAUAAUUGGUUGUCUUAAAUUACAUCACGUGUUCUAUUAGUUACCUAUCAUAAUGUUCACAUUGCUCUUAAUUAUACAUUUUAAAUGCAAAAUUGCUCCUUUUCUAAUAACAAAAGUGUAAAAAUAUGUGACAAAAAAAUUGAACUGUCAUCUUGUUUCUUAAAAUGUUUAUAUUGAAAUUUCUGUGCCGCAUAGAAUAAGUUCCAAAUCAGUAUAAGAAAAGUUUAAUGUGAGAUGUGAAUGUGAAUAAUUUUACUCUAUAUAAAAUAUACUUUUUUACUUCUU